CUGCAAAUUCGGUCUACGGGACUAACAUAUAUAUCAGGCGAAUGUUUUUCCUUAGCGACGAAGAAGACAAUACGCAUUUGCCCAUAUCAUCUCUUACCGUCAGUGUACGAAGUAGAGAUCAUCCCCAAUCUCCUGGAGCAGCCCAUGUUUCGCUGCUGAUUCGAAAGAACAGGGGUAAUCAACAGUCUCAGCAUAAUCGACGGCGGUGUGUCCAAUACUCCAGUCAAUUGAUAAACGAACAAUUCUUCUCAAGGUCCACGUCCGAAUGAUUUUGUUCUUUUAUGCCUCAUUUGAUGAUUCAAGUGUCAUACAAUUAUGAUUCGCAAGUGACUGGAGGCUGGGCAGAUAGAUACAUUUCUCAUCGUCUAUAUAAGUCAACGGACGAAUCGACAUUUGAUAAUCAAUUGGUUACCGCUAAAUAUCUCGGAUCACAAGAAUUGGUACAUAUUUCAGUUUUAACCGCAUGGCAACCCAAAUAUAAGUUGUAGCCCGUAGCCUACUUAAUAUCAACGGUUUAUCGGACGACAUCGCUUCCGACUCUAAACUCAUUUUCCGACGACGUUUACCGAUCAUGGCCGCAUUCAAGCUCUCGUCAAAGCAGAAGCUUUUUGCCAUAAUCGGCAUUUCCUUUUGUUUUUUUAUUGCGGAACUGGUCGUGGCCUUUUCUACCAAAUCUUUGGCUCUUCUAGCGGAUGCUUUCCAUUACAUGAACGAUCUUAUCGGCUUCGUUGUUGCCCUAGCCGCUAUCAUCAUCUCGGAACGCGCAGCCUCCCCUGACAACUUUUCAUUUGGUUGGGCACGUGCCCAGCUACUUGGUGCUUUCUUCAACGGUGUCUUCCUGCUCGCCCUCGGUGUAUCCAUUUUCCUCCAAUCGAUUGAAAGGUUCAUAAGCGUCGAACAUGUUCAGAAUCCCGAGCUCGUACUUAUCAUGGGUUGUGUUGGGUUGGCACUAAACAUCAUCAGCGCGACAUUAUUGCAUGAACAUCACGGCCACGACCAUGGGGGGCAUGGUCAUAGUCAUGAACAUGCUGAGAAUCACGAACACGACCACGGCCACGACCACGACCACGGCCACGUUAAUGUCGAGGCUGGCGGUCAGUCAAGAGAAAGUUCAGGCGACUAUGAUCAAGACGAGAUUCCCCUAACCCCUAUAAGUGCCCAUGCCGAGCAUCGGCAUACCAUCGUGAACCUUCAAUCUUCAGGACGAGACCUCGGUAUGAUGGGAGUCUUAUUCCAUGUCAUUGGUGACGCAUGUAAUAAUGUCGGAGUUAUCAUCGCGGCACUCGUCAUAUGGCUUACGACACCCGAGGGCCGAUUUUAUGCUGACCCGGGCAUAAGCAUGGCCAUCGCCAUCAUGAUUUUGGUGACAUCUAUCCCACUUGUGAAGAACAGUGGUAAGAUUCUCAUGCAGAGCGCCCCGAAGGGCGUAAAUAUUGACGACGUCAAGCACGAUCUGGAAAAGAUCCCCGGCAUCCAAUCCGUUCACGAGCUACACAUCUGGCGUCUCGAUCAGAAGAAAGCCAUCGCGACCGCCCAUGUCGUGGUAUCAAACAAUGAUAUGACUGACUUUAUGAGCCGCGCGCGGACUGUGGGCGAGUGUCUACACGCCUACGGCAUCCAUUCAGCGACCUUACAACCUGAGCUUGCAACCCCAACAUCGACAUUGUCCACCAAUAAUAGCAAUAGUAUCCGUGAUAACAUAAGCAUUGCCGCGGAAGAUUUCCCGGUCGCAACCGCUGGAACUGGUCCAUCCUCAGGGGCAUCGAUUAGAAGGCGACGUCCCGAGAUAUCGGCCCCAUGCCAGAUAGCAUGUGGGAACCUAUGCGAAAACCUGACUUGUUGCAAUACAGGUGCCAUGCGGAUCUAAGCGCUAACAGUAUAAUGGUGCUCAAGUUGCGCUAUAUUGUUUAGGUAGAUAUAGCUAUGAGACGGCUAUAUACCACAUAGACUUAUAAUUACCUAGCUAGCAAUACUAAAUUCGUACGAUAUUUAUAUAAAACUAAACUAAAUGAGGCAAUCACCUCUACGGCACUUGAACACUGUCUUCGAGCUUUAUAACAGUGAAACAAUCUACACAUCAGUCUUUGGCCCCGAGAGCUUCGAGGACACGCGAUUAUUCUUCAUUGGAAUAUCCGCAAUAGUCAAGUCUUGUAGCUACCACCCCUUCGGCCACGAUCCGAAGAAAUGCCUGAA